GCCACGUGGGUUACCUACAUUGGAAGAUAAACGAACAUAUCAACCCUUUACAGUGAAACGAAUGCAUUCAUUCAACAAUAGUAAAUACAAGACACGCACAGAGACUAUUUAAUAUAUCGGAUAAAACAUGAAUUAUAAAUACAAAUAAAACAAUAAAAUCUUUCCGAAAUCCUAUAUUUAUAAAAAGUGAUGGAGGAGAGAAAAGGGGAGAUAAAGAAAGAGAGUAAAAAAAAAAAAGAGGAAUGAAAAAGAUUCGAAUAUCUCGGGCUAAAUUUGAAAACCUUGCAUACCUGGCACUAAAUAUAGUCAACAUCAUGACUUUUUUGAUGGUGUUUGCUGCAUCGAUCAUGAAAGCCAAAGAAGGGAGCUUUGCUGACAUCAUUCAAGCCAUCUAUUGCACAAUCAUCAGCUUCUUAUUGAUUUUGCAUGAAUUUACGUCACCUGCAUGGUCGCUUCUGUAUUUUGGUUUUCUCAGUGUGCAUCGAGGCAAGGCACUCUUCAUGUUAUUUCUCGGCUGUCUUGUGAUGUGUAAGAUUGCUUUUAAUAUUAUUGUGUCGAUGAUUGCAUUUACAGUUGGAUUUGUAUAUUUCAUACUGUCGCUUAUACCUUCUUUACCUCCUCCCAAUGGGUUUCUGGUGCAUUGGCAACAUCGGCAGGAUUUCUGGGCAGAAGGGCUAGAUUUAGCUGUACCAGCACCAUUAACUCCAAGCGUGUAUGGACUCCAUCCUUCUGCAUGGCAUCCACCUACGCAUCCAUAUCCUGCCAUGACACCCGUUGAUUAUUUUCGUAAAGAAGCGAUUGUUUAUUAAUAUUUUAAAAUUGCGAAUACCACGAUUUACAAGGAGAAGAACUCCUUAUAAUGAAUGUAUUAAAAUAAUAAUAAAAUGC